GUCUAUCGCAGUCCAGAUACUUUUUGAAUUUCAUUUCGCAGCGCAGUAAUCAAAAAGCUGUUCGUGGGUUUUUUCGUUCCGUUGCGCCGCUGCCUCCGAACAAUUGCAGGGGAACAAAAAACACUCUAUUUUUUUGCGCCUGUCUUACAAUUGUUGCUGUGCCGACCACUAAUUUGUUGCCCUUAACUGUUAACGCCCCCCCCGAAAAAACGGUGAUUGCAAAAUAAUCGCAAUUAAAAAAAAAAGAAGAGGAGGGAAGACCAACAAGUGCGCUCACACACACAUUGUUUCGCACCAAUUGAAAGUGAAUUGCAAGUGAAAAUAGACUAGAAGUGGAGCAAUUUCAGCAAAUUGUUGCACACGAAAAUAACGAAACAGCUGUGCGCCUUUUUUUGUUAUUUGUUUUUGUUCUCGCCGUGUCGCCGCUGCGUGGGAGUGCCAAAGGAGCGAGUGAGAUAGCGGUAACCGCUGCAUCUGCAUCUGCUGAGAGAGAGAGAGAGAGAGAGAGAGAGAGAGAAAGAGCGACAACAUGACCGACCUCAACGAACUAAUGGGAUCCCCUUUCGUGCGUGUGAAGCUGGUGGCCUUUGUGCACUUCUUCUUCAUCUCGAAUGCCAUGCUGGGCACCUGGGGCCACGGGGCGUAUGAGUUCUACAACUUCCUGUUCCUCAUCGCCAUGUUCUGGACGAUGCACAGCAAGGACUCCAUCGAGGCGGUCCAAACGGCGCUCGUCAUCAACGCUUCUAGCAUUUUCUUUGACAUAGUCAGCAUUGCUCUCCAUUAUGGUAUCAUGAAUGGCUGGGCCGUGGCGUUUAGCAUCAUCAAUCUGAUACUGCGCCCGGUGAGCGUGGCCCUGCUCUACAGGGAGUUCAACACGAGGGGCGGCACCCUGCAGACGGGAUCGGUGUUCCCAACCAGCCAGCAGCGCAGCUACCAGGACAUCGACCGGCCCACACAGCCCACACCGACCAACUCGCAGCCCGGCCCCAAUGUGGCCAGCAUCUUCUAGGCUCUCCAAUCGCCCUUCCAAGUACCUAGACCCAUCACAUCGCUAGCACUAGAGAUCCCAGAUGGAACAGCAAAGACAACCCAUAUAUAGAAAGACUCCACUAGUCAGUGUCGCUGCCUGCUGAAGACGAAAAUUCCCCGUGAACGCGAAUCAAAAUUUGAUAUAUAUUAUAUAUAAUUAUGUGUGUUGUUUUUUUUUCUGUCGAUUUUGUCGAACAUUGUUUUGUUAGUGCAAUAUUGUGAGAGAGACAACGAUUAAGGUUAAGCAUUGUAGUUAAAAAUGGAAUCGGAAUUGUCCCUUAUAUACAUAUAUAUUUUUUUUUACGUUGGUAACAAAUAAAGACGGCUAAUCAAAUAAAUUAUACAUAUAUAUAUAUAUAUAUUUAUAUUCGUAUUUGUAUUUGUAUAACAAAGAUUGCAAUUCUACAUUAUACUUAUCCUAGAUAACGUUAACGCUAAUUGUAAACUGUAAACCCAACAGAAUAUUGGAAAAAUAAAAAGCGGGCGUCAUCAUUUGUAAAACAAUAAA